GGAGAGGGAGGAGGGACAGCACGGAGGUAGCCGGGAGCGGGGAUCAGAAAUCGGGAGCCGGAGCGCAGCGUGCCUGACCCCGCUGCCCGAGCAGCCGCAGCCGGAGCCGGGCCGGCGGGCACAGCCGGGGCCAGGGCGGGGGGCCCAUCCGUGCGGCGGCGGGCAGCGCUUGCCGGGCUCCGGGAAGCACGAGGAGGCGCGGCGAGGCGAGGCACGGCCAGGCAGGGGAAGGCAAGUCAAGGCGCGCCGCUGCGGCCGCUCCCGACGCUGACCGCCAGGAUUUGAACAUAACUUUUGGCAUAGAAAAAUUGUGACUGCUUAAAGGGCUCCUUAAUCUUCAUUGGACACCAGCAUCUAGACAUCAUGAUCUCCCAUUUCAUUAUUUUUUUGAGAAUCCUUGGCUCCCUUUUGCUGUUUGGAUUCCAGCUUGUCCUUCCUCAGCCCUCCAUUGAGCACAGAAAGGUUCCUCAGAGGAUAGGAGAGUCCACUAAUGCUUCAGAAGACAGUAAUGAGGGCAUCCCAGGAGUGUGGGGUGCUUGGGGUCCUUGGUCAGCUUGUUCGAGGACAUGCAGUGGCGGUGUGAUGGAGCAGACACGACCUUGUCUUCCUAGCACUUACCGCAUGAGAAGUUACCAUAGGCCUGGGGCUUCAUUCCCAGCUUCAGAGAGGGCUCUCUCCUACCAUUGGGCACAUCUUCGUGAAGAUUCAGGAAAUCCGUAUUCCAGCCAUGUCAUCUCUGCCAUCCGCAACUCUGUUCCCCUCCACAGAAACCAAGAUCAGAGAGCAGGACUGCAGUCUGCUGCCACUUUUGGGGAUCGGAAUGAUAGCCAUCUAAACCAAGGGAUCUUAAGGGGCAGUCGGCAAUCACACUCUCGAGGGAGGGAACCAAAAUCAGAAAGAAGGAGCAGGAACAGAAGUCCCAUUGCCCCUGGAAAAUAUGGUUAUGGGAAAGCCCCAUACAUAUUGCCACUGCAGACGGACACUGGACAGCCACCUCAAAGGCUUCGGAGACAGAGGCAGUCAGCUCAGCAUCAAAGAUACCGUGGGGAAGCUGGUCCCCAUUACAACCAUCCAGCAAAUCCUUCUGUACAGCGCAGGCAUCUCUAUCAAGGCAACCAUGGCUCUCAACCCAGACUCCAACCCUUAGAAUCCUCUAUUUACCAGCCAUCUUUAUCCCGUGUCCAGGGUUUUCCUGCAACUCCAAGUCUAUUCCAUGGCAUGGAAGUGAGUACCAACCCUGGUGGAGGGUCCCACCGUCCAUCUCUUCGUCCGCCCCAUAGCUUUUCUCAGCCUCACCGAUCUACAGAGAUCAUGUGCAUUGGAGCUUACCGACAAUACAAGCUCUGUAAUACAAAUCAAUGUCCAGAGAACAGUAGAAGCAUCCGGGAAGUACAGUGUGCAUCCUAUAACAACAAACCUUUCAUGGGUCGGUUUUAUGAAUGGGAACCAUUUGCAGAAGUACGGGGAAAUCAAAAGUGUGAGCUGAACUGUCAAGCAAUGGGCUAUCGAUUCUACGUGAGACAGGCUGAAAAAGUCAUUGAUGGCACACCUUGUGACCAGAAUGGCACAUCCAUCUGUGUAUCAGGCCAAUGCAAGACUAUUGGCUGUGACGACUACCUGGGCUCUGACAAGGUCGUAGAUAAAUGUGGUAUUUGUGGAGGAGACAACACAGGCUGUCAGAUUGUGUCAGGAGUAUUUAAACACACUCUCACCAGCCUAGGCUAUCACCGUGUUGUUGAAAUACCACAAGGGGCCACAAAAAUUAACAUCACUGAGAUGUAUAAAAGCAACAAUUACUUAGCACUUCGGAGCCGAUCAGGCCGUUCCAUCAUCAAUGGAAACUGGGCAAUUGACCGGCCUGGUAAAUAUGAAGGCGGAGGGACAAUGUUCACCUACAAGCGCCCAAAUGAAAUCUCUAGCACUGCAGGAGAGUCAUUUUUAGCUGAAGGUCCCACUAAUGAGAUCCUAGAUGUCUAUAUGAUACACCAGCAGCCCAACCCAGGUGUCCAUUAUGAGUAUGUCAUCUCAGGAACUAAUGCCAUUAGUCCACAGCUACCACCUCAUAGAAGACCAGGAGAGCCUUUCAAUGGACAGUUAGCAGUGCCAGAUGGACGGAAUCCAGAGGGAGGAGAGGAGAAGCAACAAGAAGAGAAGGAGAAAUUUCCCAGUGGGGACAUGAAAAUAUUCACUGAGGAUACCACCCACACCUUUCCAGUGAGACAGCCAGAAAGAUUUCCCCCCCGCCAGCCAGACAACCUGGUGCCAGCUAUACAACCACCACGGAGAAACAGAGACCACAACUGGAAGCAGGUUGGGACAACAGAGUGCUCAGCUACCUGUGGGAAAGGAUCACAGUACCCCAUCUUUCACUGUGUGAGUAGAAAUUCUCAUGAAGAGGUUCCUGAAAGCUAUUGUGAUCCCAGCACCAAACCUACUCCUGAAGAAGAACCUUGCAAUAUUUUCCCUUGUCCAGCCUUCUGGGACAUAGGAGAAUGGUCUGAAUGCAGUAAAACAUGUGGUCUUGGAAUGCAACACCGGCAGGUCCUCUGCCGCCAGAUGUAUGCCAACAGGACCCUAACUGUACAGCCAUACCGCUGCCAACACCUGGAAAAACCAGAGACCACCAGUACUUGCCAGCUGAAGAUCUGCAGUGAGUGGCAAAUCCGGACAGAAUGGACCUCGUGUUCGGUACCAUGUGGUGUAGGACAAAGGACUCGAGAUGUGAAAUGUGUCAGCAACAUCGGGGAUGUUGUAGAUGAUGAAGAAUGUAACAUGAAGCUCCGGCCGAAUGAUAUUGAAAACUGUGAUAUGGGGGCCUGUGCGAAGAGCUGGUUCCUGACCGAAUGGAGUGAAAGGUGCUCUGCAGAAUGUGGUGUUGGAGUCAGGACACGUUCAGUGGUGUGCAUGACCAACCACGUCAGCAGCCUGCCCUUGGAGGGCUGUGGCAAUAACAGACCAGCAGAAGUUACCCCUUGUGACAAUGGACCCUGCGCUGGCAAAGUCGAGUGGUUUGCUGGGAGCUGGAGUCAGUGCUCCAUUGAAUGUGGAAGAGGCACACAACAGAGGGAAGUGAUUUGUAUCAAGAAAAAUCCGGAUACCUUCAAUGUGUUGGACCCACAUGAAUGUUCGUACUUAGAAAGACCUCCCAGUCAGCAAUCGUGCUACCUCAAACCCUGUGGUGCUAAAUGGUUUAGUACAGAAUGGAGUGUGUGCUCCAAAAGCUGCCAAGGUGGAUUCCGGGUACGAGAGGUUCGAUGUCUCUCAGAUGACAUGACACCCAGUAACCACUGUGACCCUCAAUAUAAACCAGAAGAGAAAGAAUCUUGCAAUCCUCAGGAUUGUGUCCCUGAAAUUGAUGAAAACUGCAAAGACAAAUAUUACAACUGCAAUGUGGUGGUCCAGGCCCGGCUCUGUGUGUACACCUAUUACAAGACUGCCUGCUGUGCAUCCUGUACAAGAGUGGCCAAUAGACAGUUGAGUUUUGCAGGACGGAGAUAAUAUCCAUCCCAGUUACUGUGGGACUGGACAGAUGUAAGCAGUGUUGUUGUGGGUACCCUCAACAGGCUCCGUCGGGGCUGGGUAGAUAGGCACUCCACAAAUAAAAUUUAAUCAUAUCCCUUCAGUCAAAUAAAAUGGGAAAGGGGUAUCUAGGUGUAUGUUAGGGUUGGAAAUGAUGCUCUCAAGUGAUGCAUUCUCAUUUGAACCGUCCCACUGAUUAAUCUUAUCCUGUGUGCCAGCGUCAACCAGAGGCCCUCAUGAGAAACAUGCAGCCAAGCUGUUACCCUGACACAUUCCAAACAGACAGUAUGUUGACCAAAUAUUUUGUGACUUAGUGUUUGUGGAUCUAAAAAUUAUUGAACUAAGAUAGGACCUGGGAGAAAUGAUUUUAUGUUCAUCAGUCUCUUUAACUUUCCAGAAGGACACACAGCCUUUCCUUUCUUUUAUCUCAGCUUGCAUGUGCCUACUUUUUAGUUUGCCUUACCAAGGAUCACAUACCCUUCUCAUGUCAUCAGAUGGCCAAGAUGCUGAAUAAUCAGAUAUUUUUUCACCAGUACAUAAAAUACUAAAUACCAUGAAAUGUCCCACCUAGAGUAUGAGAAUAUGAGAAGAAGUUGAUAAUUCUCUCCCCAAAUCUUCACUUUCUAAUAUUCUGUCCUUAAAAACUGACCAAUUAGUGUUCUUUCUCUUAAAUCAUGGCUCUCACAUGGCUUUGUCAAUGAAGUAAUAGGGAUUUGGAAUUUGAUUGGCUGAAAUUUUCACUUCUAUUUAUCCACCUUUUAUCCACAUAUUCCCCAGCCCCAUUUCCACCUAGGAAUUUUUUUUCUGGGUCCCACUGAUUAAUGGAACAAUUUUAUUUUAUGCUCAAAAAUAGAUUCUAAAGCUAAGGAGAAUCUUAGAAUACAUCUGUUAUACUCUUCUCAUCUUGCAGAUAAGAAAACCUUAGCCCAGGAGUUGAAGCAAUUCCCUUGAAGUCAUGCAACUAAUACAGUUGCCAAGGCAGAAUUUGAACUGAUGGGCACUGACUCCAAAUUUAAGCUUCUUCCCAUCACUCUUACUUUAUAGAACACCUUAGAGAAUGAAUUCUUCAUAACCCUCCUGUGACACAACACAAACCAUAUUGAUUCCAUUUUAUAGAUGAGGAAACAGAGGCUCAGGGAGGCAAAACUGAAAUCCUGCCUCUGUCACUUGACUGUGUGUGUGAAGUUGACCUCUCUGGGCCUCAGUAUACCCAAUUGUAAACCUAUGUGGUCCUGUGAUCCUAUUCAGUCAGUCAGUUAGCAAGAAUUUGUCAAAUACUUACCCUGUGUCCUAUUGCAUAAGUGCGGGAAAUAAAAAGAAGACAUAUACAAGGUAUUUCAAUAUACAUGGAAAGGACUAGCAGCUGUGAGGAAUGGGAAAAGUCUCCUGUAAAAUAUGAGAGUUGAACUGAAUCUUGAAGGCAACCAAGGAAAAUAAAAGGUACCUGCAGUUCAGGGAAUAUUACAUUCCAAGCAUGGAGCACUUGCUUCUGAUCACAGAGAUGGAUAAUCAACAAUGGAGACAGCUUUCAAACCUGGUUCUUUUAGACCAAGACCAGUGUGCUGUUCAGGGCAGAUAAAGGCAAACUGCUAAAUAGCAGAAGCAUUGUUGUUGUUACUUAGUCACCUAGUUAUAUCCAACUCUUUGUGAUCUCAUUUGAAGUUGCUCCCCAAUUUAGGCACUUGGAUUUGCUUCUUUGACCAGGGGGACAGGCUUGUGACAGUUUCCCUAAAGAAUAAUCCAUUUUCAAAUGUGAAAGACUUCUUCUUCAUAAUGAUUUCUCAGAGGUCUUUCUGAAAUGGUUUCUGUCCCCAUGUCUCCUCUACCCCUUUUCUCACACACAGGUCUACAUGCAUGCAAAUAAUCUGAAAGGGAAUAUAGACUCAAGCCCUUCUAGACUCAGUUUCUCUUUUUAUUCAGAAACUCACUUGUCUUCUCUCUCCUGUCUAAGACUUACCAGAGUAAGAUACCCAAAGCACUUAGGGUGAACUCUCCAAAAAUUCUGUAAUCCAGUAUUUUCAAAGAGAUUUUCUCUCCCUAUUGAAAAGAAUUUCAAGCUAAAUCAAUUUAAUCAUAGAGGAAGUUUAUCCUAUUGAGAGCAAAAGGACCUGAGUAUAUUUCCAUUUUCUGGGUGGAAAAGAGAUUCUCACAGCCAAACCUAUCCCAUAGGUUCCUAAUAGCUUGAAAAUCCUUUUAAUGGAAUUUAGUGGCACCCUAAAGGAAAUAACAGCAUGGUUUAUGAUUGACAGCAUCCUGUGUUCUCCAGCAGCUUUGAAAAGAGGCUACCCAGUUACCCCUCAUUCUGCCAAAAAUAUCUUCAGUUAAUAAAAUGCCCUCAGCAGGCCUAAUCAGACUCUCCAGCCUAUCACCAUGUCUACUGGGCCUAGUAAGCCCAAGUGGAUAAAAAGUGGUGCUCCCAUGUAUAAAGGCAGUCACCUAAUGGAAUCCUCAGCCCAUAGUUUGCUUAGAUGGAUGUGCUGCUCUAGUGUUCCUUGCUAUCUUAGAAGCUGAAGUUCCCAUGUGCUUUUAUUAAGAUUAGUUUUCUAUUACCCGUAAUAGAAUAAAGAGCUUACUGCAAAGGCUCAAUAUGAGUCAGCAAUAUGAUGUGGCAGCCACAAAAGCUAAUGCAUUUCUAGGCUGCAGCAGGAUAAUUAUAGAGCUGAGAACAAACAAGUUCAUAGGAUCAUGGGAAUAGAGCUGGAAGGGACACUCAGAAGUCAUUUAAUCAAACCAUCUUAUUUUACAGAUCAGGAAACUGAGACCCAGAAUGGUUAAAUAGCUUGCCCAAAGUCACAUAUGUAAUAAGUAUUAAAAGCAGGAUUUGAAUCCAAAUCCAACAAGCUUUCUGUUGCCCUGUUUUAACCCCAGUGGUAAUCCUGAGAGUUUCCUAGAUAUUGAGUGAUUUGAUUCUUGAUGCCAUAUUUUUAUUUUAUAUUUGAAUUUGUAUCAAUAUCUUUUGUUUUCAUACCAUCUUCAUUACCUAUUCAUACCAUGAAUAGGAUGAUUCUUAUUCAUCCAGGGAAUUAUCUCUUAUAAUAAACAAUAAAAAAAGCAGGAGGUGAAAAGUUCAGCAAAAUUAACCAAAAGAUUUACUAACUCUGAUAGUAUUUGUAGUGUUCCAAACCCAGAUUCCAACCUCAAUAAAAAAAAAAAAAAGGAGAGAAGAUGGCUACCACAUU